AUCUUGGACUUCCACAAAGCAAAAAUUUGGAACCUGUUAUUUAAUUGGAUUCUUCUACCGAUCCCCAUGUUUCUUACUUGUGCAAUUACAACCCCGACGCUUCCGAUUGCAUUUGCACGACGAAUUACAUGCAAAAGUAUGUCCAAAGGAAGUUUAUCUUCCUUGCCAACAAGCUCUAACAAAUUCCCUCAAGAUCAUUCAGGAAUUUCAGGGGUUAGGUCUUCCAAUGGCGUUUCCGAGUCUGAAACUCGUGUAUUCGUGAGGAGAAGAGUGAAAAAGAAUGCGGAAGUUCAAGAUAGCGGGCCUCAAGUUGAACCUAAUGUCGACGCUAAACGCUGCUGUCCUCCCGAUAUUGAAGAUUUUGCAUUCAAAAGAACAAAGGAAUCCCCUGGAUCAUGGAAGUCAAAGCCUCCACCUCUAGAUCCUCUUGUCACAGGAAUUGAAGUUUCUAAUCCAAUUAGACAAAAAGGCAUUGCAGAAAGAGGUAAGCCACCUGUGAAUUGGGAAAAAAUCCUUGAAGGAAUUCGUGAAAUGAGAUCCUCUGAAGAUGCACCAGUAGAUACCAUGGGAUGUGGGCAAGCUGCUAGUACUCUUCCUCCCAAGGAAAGAAGAUUUUCUGUCUUGGCAUCUUCUCUUCUCUCAAGCCAAACCAAAGACCACGUGACUCAUGGAGCAGCAACACGUCUCCAAGAAAAUGGCCUUCUUACUGCUGAUGCUAUGGACAAAGCUGAUGAAGCAACCAUUAAAAGCUUGAUAUACCCGGUUGGAUUUUAUUCAACAAAGGCUAGGAAUUUGAAGAAGAUUGCAAAAAUAUGUCUUAUAAAGUAUGGUGGGGAUAUACCUAGGUCAUUGGAGGAGCUACUUCUACUACCUGGGAUAGGUCCUAAGAUUGCACAUUUGAUCAUGAUUAUGGCAUGGAACGAUGUUCAGGGGAUAUGUGUAGAUACUCACGUGCACCGUAUUUCCAAUCGGCUUGGAUGGGUGUCUGGAAAAGGCUCAAAACAGAAAACAUCCACUCCUGAAGAAACUAGAGUGGCAUUAGAACUGUGGCUGCCAAAGGAAGAAUGGGUUCCAAUUAAUACUCUUCUGGUGGGUUUUGGACAGACUAUUUGCACUCCUCUUAGACCCAAAUGUGGAAAUUGCAGUGUAAGCGACUUGUGCCCAUCAGCAUUCAAGGAGUCUUCAAGCCCAUCUCCCAAAUUGAAGCGUUCAAGCUCCACCAAAAAGUUAUGAUCAUCUUUUUGUAUGAAUUGAAAUAUUUCAGUCGCAGAUUUACCCCAAGUAAUGCAUUUCUAUCUUUUUGGUUCCAUAAUGGUUUACAAAAGGCUUAAAUUAUGGUCCUGUUUCUAUAACCUCGUGUUAAUGGAUAGGUAGGUGGAUUUUCAGGGAUCUCGAUUGGCCAUUGUUGUAUAGAAAGAAUUUUUUUUUGAUUUCAACACAUUGGAAUUGGAAAGGAGAUUGAACCUUUAACCUUUUGAUCAAUGUUAGAACCUUUAACCUUUUGAUCAAUGAUAUAUAUUUUAACGCGUA